AUGUCGCACUAUCCUGUAUCCUCGCGUCUUUUUGGCACAAGAUACACGGGUCUACCCAGAAAGACCCGAAUUGAUUUUGAUGUUCAUGUAACGUCCAUGGUGCAGUGCGCUGUUUCUGCUGUGCUCAUGUUUUACCAUUUCAACAACCCGCAUUGGCAAAACAGAUUAAAUGACCCUGUCAACUCAUUACUUGGUUUCACUCCAUUUGGAGGGAUGGUGAUUUCCGUCACUGCCGGCUAUUUUGUUUGGGAUUUGUUGGUUUGUUUGACACAUUUCGACUUGUUUGGAAUUGGGUUUUCAUUUCAUGCAAUUGCGGCAAUGUAUGCAUUCUGUUGUGGGUUUGUGCCUUAUUGCCAGCCGUGGGCGGCAGCAUUCCUUUCGUUUGAAUUGAGCACUCCGUUUGUGAACAUGAACUGGUUUGCCUCACGCAUGCCUGCGGGCACCUUCAGUGACAAGUUUGUGAUGAUCAAUGGAUUAUUAUUGAUUGUUGUGUUCUUUUUCGUCAGAAUUGUAUGGGGGAUUUACGCCGUGGUACAAUUGACACAUGACAUGAGGGCAUCUUUGGACCAAGUUAGCAUAUUCACGCCUGCUGCGAUUUUGGCCAUGAACUUUGCAUUGAACUCGUUGAACGUCUUCUGGUUCUACAAAAUGGUGAGAAUAGCUAUAAAGAAGAUCAGAGGUCAAAGUUCAACAAGAAAAGCUGUCAAGGUUGCUGAAAAAAUUGAAUAG